GGUUAGUUUUUUUGUUAGGAAGGAGACGCAAAGCAGGAAGAAAAUGUUUGUGAUAUUGUAAAAAAGCCGUGCCUGUGGACUUUUAAUUAAAGUUAUAAACGACUUAUCAAGAACUGAAUGAAAGUGUUAGUGCUGUGCUGCUGUUAAAGAAUUCAUAUUACGGAGAGGUGAACCAUUCAAAGGCAAAACAAAUGAGCGCGUUCAAUAGCGCCGGCCGAUCGCCAGGACGGAUGCCGUAGCUCGCCCAGUGGAGCACGCCGUCGCCGUGAUGAGCACAACCCGCCAUAAUGCGCCGGCGGCCAUUUUAAAACGGAGACUGCGCUGGUCACCACGACAUGGCCGUUUAUCGCGGCAAACGCACACUCCAACUACCCGCGCAACCGCGCUCUGCUUCACUGUCACAACGCUAUGAAAUGUGGAAACACGGAAAGUGGCGACAAAAAGCGUCACCACCAAGGACAAACCCAGCCGUUCGGGUUCCAAGAUAGAUAGUUGGGGACAUUUUUACAGUGUAGUAGAGGCCUAAGUGUUACUGUUCUGUGUACAUAUAGUGUGUGUAGGUUUAAGCAUGGGUGGUGAGAGUAGAGGAGCCCGCGCGCCGUUGCUGGAGUGCGGCGAAUACGCGCACGCGCAUAAGAGACCGGCGCCGCGUUGUUGCUUUUGGUUGGCCAGCCACGUCAACGUGAGGAAAUGCGUCGCCGGCGUCAUGCUGCUUUCCGUCCUCACAAUAUUCUUCUAUACUUAUUAUGUGACGGCUCCGUUGACAAGCUUAGUCUGGCGUGACCGCAUACCGCGGCCGCUCUCCCAGUGCUCGCUGCUGGCGUCGCAGCAGCAAGCGGCGCGGGACCACCGCUCGGACGCACGCUUGCGCAUCGACGCCAAAGUGCUGGUCAUCGUGGAGUCGGCCUACUCGCGGCUCGGACGCGACAUCGCCGAGCUACUUGUCGCCAACCGCAUUCGGUACAAGGUGGAAGUCGCAGGCAAGAGCCUGCCCGUGCUCACCACCUUGGACAAGGGCCGCUACGGCGUGAUCGUGUUCGAGUCGCUCUCCAAGUACGCCAACAUGGACAAGUGGAACCGCGAACUGCUCGACAAGUACUGUCGCGAGUACUCCGUGGGUGUCGUCGGGUUUGCCACGCCGGGCGAGGAGACGCUGGUCGGCGCUCAGCUAAAGGGAUUUCCGCUUUUUAUGCACACCAAUCUCAGACUUAAGGACGCGACGUUGAACCCUGCGUCGCCGGUGUUGCGGCUGGCGCGGGCGGGCGAGACGGCCUGGGGCGCCCUGCCCGGCGAUCACUGGACUGUGUUCCGAGCUAACAGCUCCACGUACGAGCCAGUCGCGUGGGCGUUACGGCAGAACGAGUACGGCGCAAGCGAAGAGCGACUGCCGCUAGCGACGGCGAUACAAGACCAUGGGCGACUGGACGGUAUCCAGCGCGUGCUGUUCGGCUCCGGGCUGCAGUUUUGGCUGCACCGGCUGCUGUUCCUCGACGCGCUCAGCUACCUCAGCCACGGCCAGCUCAGCCUCAGCCUCGAGCGGUGGAUCCUCGUCGACAUCGACGACAUCUUCGUGGGCGAGAGAGGUACUCGCCUCCACGAAGAGGACGUUGCAGCUCUUCUGGCCUCGCAGGCCGCCUUACAACGCCUGGUGCCGGGGUUCAGGUUCAACCUAGGCUUCAGCGCCAAGUACUAUCACCACGGCACGGCGCUCGAGAACCGAGGCGACGACGCGCUUCUCAAGAACAGAGAGCAUUUCAACUGGUUUUGCCACAUGUGGAACCACCAGCAGCCUCACCUCUACAACAACGUGUCCCAGUUGGAAUCCGAGAUGAUGCUCAACAAACAGUUCGCCCUGUCACACGGCAUCCCGACCAACUCGUGUUACUCGGUGUCGCCGCACCACUCGGGCGUGUACCCGGUACACGAACCCCUGUAUGAAGCCUGGAGGAAGGUGUGGGACGUGAAAGUCACCAGUACCGAGGAGUACCCGCAUUUGAGGCCGGCUAGGUUACGGCGCGGCUUCCGUCACAGAGGGGUGAUGGUGCUGCCUCGGCAGACGUGCGGCCUGUUCACGCACACGCUGCUGCUGGAGCGCUACCCCGGCGGCCGGCAGCGCCUCGACCGCUCCAUACAGGGCGGGGAGCUGUUCCAGACCGUCAUCAACAACCCGGUGAGAUAUAACCUCGUCAUGGUGCUGCCUCGGCAGACGUGCGGCCUGUUCACGCACACGCUGCUGCUGAAGCGCUACCCCGGCGGCCGGCAGCGCCUCGACCGCUCCAUACAGGGCGGGGAGCUGUUCCAGACCGUCAUCAACAACCCGAUCAACAUAUUCAUGACGCACAUGUCCAACUACGGGAACGACCGGCUCGCCCUUUACACGUUCGAAUCCGUGGUGAAGUUCCUACGCUGUUGGACCAACGUGAGAUUAGCUUCGGCGCCGCCGCUCGCCCUCGCUGAAACGUACUUUCAACUGAGGUCAGACGAGCUCAGCCCAUUAUGGGGGAAUCCGUGCGACGACAUCCGCCACCGUCGCAUAUGGUCGAAGAGCAAAUGGUGCGGCACGCUGCCCAAGGUGCUGGUCAUCGGGCCGCAGAAGACGGGCAGCACGGCGCUCUACACCUUCCUCGCGAUGCACCCGUCGCUCGUGCCCAACCUGCCCAGCCCGACCACCUACGAAGAGUUGCAGUUCUUCAAUAAUAACAAUUAUAUGAAGGGAUUAGACUGGUACUUAAAUUUCUUCCCGCCGAGCAUCAUCAAUGGCACGCAGAUGACGUUCGAGAAGUCGGCCACUUACUUCGACGGCGAGCAGUCGCCGCGGCGCGCCCACGCGCUGCUGCCCAACGCCAAGAUCAUCGCCAUACUCAUAUCGCCUUCCAAACGGGCGUACUCGUGGUACCAGCACAUCCGCUCACAUGGCGACGCCGUGGCCAACAACUACACCUUCCACACCGUCAUCACGGCCAACGACUCCGCUCCAAAACCUCUCAAAGACUUAAGGAAUCGAUGUCUAAACCCGGGCAAAUACAGCCACUUCCUGGAGCGCUGGCUGGCGGAGUACAGCGCGCACCAGCUGCACGUGCUGGACGGGUCGCUGCUGCGCGCCGAGCCCGCCGCCGCGCUCAUGCCGCUGCAGAAGUUCCUCAAGAUCCCCGCGCUCGACUACAACAAGCUGCUCAAGUACGACCCGAAGAAGGGAUUUUUCUGCCAAGCCGUAAGCAAUGAGCGGACGAAAUGUCUCGGCAAAUCUAAAGGGCGCGUCUACCCGCCCAUGGAAGAAAGGUCGGCCAAAUUCUUAAAGCGAUACUAUACGCCCCAUAACACGGCUUUGUCUAAGCUGCUGGUCAGAUUGGGUCGCCCGGUCCCGCAGUGGCUCAAAGACGAACUAUCGUCUAAUGGAUAGCACAACUCUCAACCUAAAAGGUUGGAACGGGAUAAAAUACUUCACGGAUUGAUCAAAGUAUGUGUCGUGACCAUGCCCUGACCAGGUCGGGGCGCCGCCGCGGAGGUUACAAACGUUGUUUUCAAAGUGUUUCAGUGUGAGAGUAUCAUUGUUGAAAAUGUGUCUAUCAAUCGUGUAAUAUAAUAUUUUAAAGAGUGAUAUUGUAAACGACUUAAUGUUCUCGAUCUCUACAAUUGAGACGUCGAUUUUUUUUUCGUGAGAUUAACUACAUCUCUUAUUAAUAGGUGGUUAGUACAUAAAUUGAGUUCUCAGUAAAGCAAUUACUGAUUUAAAUAAAUUAACUUGCCUGAAAUAUAUUUUAGCCAUAAUUAUGUUGUAUGAUCCGGCAGUUUUUGACGAAGAGUCGGUUUAGGUGCUAUUUUAAGUAUUGAACAAUAGUGCAUAUGCUUAGUUUUUAUCCCAUGGUCCCAUAAGAUGCAACUCUUAGCUUGCAGCAAUCCAAAGGAGAGCUUAAGUCAUUGUUAUAGUUUUACGCAAUUUUAAGAGGUACCUCAAGUACAGUAUAGUGCUUUUAAGUUUUUUUACUUCGGUAUUUUGGCCUCAGAAAUAUAAGCUGUCAUUCCAUUAUAUCACACGCCAGUUGGUUUCCUUAAAUUAUAACUUUAUGUACCUGAUACGACUUGUAUAUUUGUAAUUAAUUCACAUUUUUCAUAUCGAAUAUUAGAUCAAUUACCGAUUUCUACGUCUAUCUGUGCCAUACAGUCUAUGUUAAAGAAAACGGCACUAACGUUUAUUACUUAAAUUAUUUUUAUAGUCGCAAACUUUAGUUUCGUUUGAACAAAACACUAGUCUUAUAGUAGGUGAUAUUUAAAUCACAAUUAUUUUUGUCAAUUUCAACUCAUAGGUAAUCCGGAACAUUUGUGUAAGCACAUAGAGUUUUUUUAUCUUGUUCCCGUAUAGUUACCUACUCGUACAGUUAGCCGUAAGAGUUCUUUAUAAGAUGUAAACAAAAGGCGUUGUAUUUUAAAUAAUUGAUAUCAAUGAUAAUGAUAACGCAAGGAAUGAA